AUGUCACUUGCAGAAGUGAGCCAGUCACACAUCCAACGGGUCAUUGCCCAGCUUGAUAAAGAAGCAUCUAUUGACCCUAAAUACCACAUUACUGCCACUGGGCAUGGAACCUUAACUGAAGGGCGAGCCCGUCCCAAACCCGAAGACCCUACUGCCACACGAGACUUCAAAGUCAAGAUUACCACUGAUCGGCCUGGCCCUGACAAACACCAUUCACCAGAAAAUCCGAAAUCCGAUGGCGCCCGAGAUUACACAGUCGUAAUCACCGCUCAUCUAGAAGAUCGCAAAACCAGAAAGAAGCUGGGAUGGGCAGGAGGAGAGACAUUUGAGCUCACAUACAUUCUCAACGGAAACAAGUACGAGUCUCGGUCCGUCAACUUCUAUUUAAGCGGUAAAUCAAAGAAAGACCUUCAAUACAGGGAGACGAUCCCGUUCCCUUUUAGUCGGAGUGACUCGGUUUUUGUUUAUGCGAAGCUGAAAGCGAGCGCGAAGAGUCCAGUUUAUUUCCAUCCUAAUCCGAGCAGAAAUGAUAAAGACAAGAUAGAAAAACCAAUCCGGUUUUACGCCAAGUUGAAGUGA